AAUUGUGAAAUAUUCAAGGCUUACUACUUUGGUGGACGUGCAGCUAUUCAAUUAGGCAACUACAAUGAGGCUAUACGACUCAUCACAAAGGCUAAGGAAUUGGCUAGCAGUCAAAAGAUGAAUUUCGGCGAUGAAAUCCAUGCUCAAAUGCGUCUCGCGCGAAGAGAAAAAUUCCGAAUGGAGGAGGAGAAACGCGUUAAGGAGGAGGGCGAACUUCAAAUAUACUUGAGGAAAUUGAUUGAAGAAGAUGUGAGCCGACGGAUAGCUGAGGUAGUGUCAGCUGGAUCUACUGCCGAGUCUGGAACAGAAGGGGAAGGCACCCACAACGAAGAGGUGACAGAUAAAGUGGAGCAGAUCACACAGGAAGGCGAACAACAUAAAGCACAGCUCGACUCGUUAUUUGCACAGGUAUGA